GAGGUGCCAGCGCUGAAAAGGUCUCAGCAUCCUUGGAGGCCAGCCAAAUGGUUGUUGUUGCUUUGCUCGACCUUGCUAGCUAUGCGCCCCUCAAAUCGCAGAGGCUGGAAGUUUUCUUGUUCAUAAUGCGCAUGCAAGGAGUGAUGAACAAUGAUAGGAUUGACGGGCUGUUGCUGUUUUGGAGGAAGCACUCGAUGCCGAAGUUCCUCAACCACGAUGCUCUGGCGGCAGACCUCUUUAACCUGAACCAUACCACGGGCACUGGGAUCCUGGCAAGCUGGAAGGAGACUCUCACGAACUCGGAGGCUCUUCUCCAGCUCCUGGUAGGAAGGAUGGAGCAGGACUGGUUGGCGCUGGCAGUGAAGAGCAGGAAGCCAUGGAAUGUGAAAGAUUGUGAUUCUUGGGUUGGAGUUGGACUAGGUCCCUACCGGUCGAACAAGCUUGACAACAAGUUUGCUCUGCGGCAUGCUGAUGCAGACUUGACUUCAAUCUUGGAAAACUCCGUCCCGCCGCUAGACAUUUCCAAGGUGAGCAUCUUUGCCACACAUUUGUCAAAGUACCAUGCCGAGGGGAAGUUGGACUGGAAGUACCUGUCUGACCGCUUCGAGAGGGGCAAACGGGAAAUCGCCAAGCUGAUGGAAAACAAACACAAGUUGGUCCAUUUCAAUUCUUUGACCCUCGCGCACCCAGUGAUCGUUAACCUUCAGGCUGCAAUGGGCACUGCAGGGUUGACAAUCCUCGUCAUGGAUGCUACUUUGUGGCCAAGCCGCGCGUUGACCAUUGAUGAAGCUGUCACGCUCUGCCAAUCGGUGUGCUCUGGAAAUCCUUCUACAUUGGCUUGGAUCAUGCUCCCUCAAUACUACACUUCAUCAUCCAAGCACUCAGUUCUCAAGAACAGAAGACUCCUCGAAGACAAGCUGCUCGGGUGCAUGGAUGUCUACGAGGUGAGCCUCAACUACGCUGAUGCCCAGCACUCCGGGGAUAAGCGAAAGAAGUCGCAACAGUGCAUAGCUGCACUCUGUGGCCACACCACAAACGCAGCUUUCUCGAAGUCCAAAGCAUUGCUGGGCUCGAUCGAGGGCAUAGAAAGGACCAGGGUGACGGAUUUGCAGAAUCCCGACCCAGAGCACAGUCUUGCGCCGCAUUGGCGGGUGCAGCAGCGCGGCAUCCCAGCUUGCCAAGCCAUCAUUGAGCAGCUCCUCCAAGGCAUGGGUGCUUCCCAUGGCUCACCAUUGCUGAUAUGCGACUUGCUGCCAUCGAGAUUUGGAGAGUGGUCCCAAGCCGCAUGGGAAAUGCAGCUUGAGUUUCUUCGUGGUAGCAGCGCCUGGGACGUACGAUUUGCGGCCUGCUACCACACUGAUCACGCUGCUGAUCUGAACAGCGCCAAGGAGCUGAUCACUGGCAAGGCGAUGCACAGUUGGUGGGACAAGAGCCCAGAGGCAGGCAGCAAAUCAAGAGCUGCUGUACCGUUCUCGGAACCUUUGCCAGAGCUGGAAUGCCUGACAUUGAACGAUGGUGAAGUGAAGACCUUCUUCUCAAACAUGUUAACUUUUUGA